CCCGUUGAUUAAUACUCUGUUUCCCAAACAUCUAUCGUUGCCUGCGACUGCACUUUUUUCCCUCUUUCUCUUCCGAUACCCAACGGAACGUGACAAUGGCAAUGUUCACCUCACAUCCCCCAGAAAUCAUUGCUCGGGUGUUGGGCAGCUGUGCUAGCUUCGACGACGCAUUUGCUCUUGCCAGAUCCUGUCAGUAUACUUACGCAGUAUGGUUGGACCACGGCGCAAGCUUCAUUGAUAGCAUCGGCACGAGAACAAUGCCCGCGUACAAGUAUGCGGUCAUUGCCGUGCGCGCCACAAAUCUGGUCAAAGAAGCCUUGCACGCCGGCCAGCUGCCACCUGACAUGACACAUGAUGAUAUUGAAGAGCUGCAACCUUCUUAUCAAAAGUGCCGUUCGUCCGAGUUGGCGGACUUACUUGCGUUCCGACAUUUGGCUGCGUGUCUGGAGUACGCGUACUUUCACAUUGAGGAAGACGGGUAUUCAUGUCUACUAUGCCCUGAGAUCAGAGACAUCACCUGGUGUACCAAAGACGAGUCCGUAUUCCAUCAACGUUUUCUCGAUUUCCAAGAAAAAUUCCAUCGAGUGCUGUACAAGAGCCUUCUCGCUGGCGCUUUCUUAUGGAAGUCCCACAAUGAGCCAUUCAUCAAAGCUGCUGGAAACGGGGAUGCUGGGGAACGUUUUAUCAAGGAGCUCCAGUCAUUGCAAGCUCGUCAAAUUUGGCAACGUCGUUUAGAUCUUUCAGACGACAGCCAGGCAUACAUUGCAGGUUUCCCGGUGUACAAUGUUCACAAGAUGACGCCAGCCAGCCAAGAAAAGGUGUUCGGGCAUCUGGCUCGGUACUUGGUAGAAGACAUCGCCACUGUCUCAGACCCGGGUUGUGCCACUGAAGUACCAUGGGAGGUGAUGGCUUCCAUCUAUGCCCACGAGUAUCAAUCACCCCAGCUCUACAACGCCAGUGGGAAGCCUCGCCAUGGCUACACGCCGCUCAAGAACUCAACCGCCUCUGACCUGCCUCCCACGCGUAGAGUGACAGUUGUUCUUUUUGGGGAGUUCCAGCUGGAAGAGGUAUCUAUGCCUAUCCAAAUCGAGGACAUGCAUUGUACGCGACUGGUAGCGACUCAAUUACAGGCCUCGUCGUCAGAAAGCGCUCAGGAUGGCACCGCUUUCGCUUGCCAUGGUUUCGACAUCGCGGCAACUUUGCGAGAUCGGUACAGGUUACUCGGCGGCGAGGAGUAUGACAACUGGGCUCCACAUCCUCCGCUCCAGCUGUACACCUUCAUGCUCGAGAAGUACUAUGGACUCGAGUUCAGACCAUGCGCGUUCGACCAGACAUAUGAAGAGGCGGCUUAUGCCACCUUCCUUUGGGAACCAGUCUUUGCUCACGACUACACCACAGGUAUGGACCCGACAUUUUUAGGGUUGCUGCAUGCUCGCAGUAGGAAUUGAGUGCUGCUAGAAGCCCUCACAGCGUUCGCGGCUGGUUACGAUGGUAGAGCCGGUAUACUGUGGGAUCUCUUCCAUCCUACACACAGCUCGACGGUCCACCGCCUGCUUUGGCGAGAUGUGUACACUCAACCUAUCGGGUUUGAUAUCGUAGUAAACACUAAUUAGGCAG